AAAAUCAAAAUGAAAUUCUUCAUCGUAUUCUUCGCCCUGAUCGUCGCUGUUUUGGCCCAACACGGUAACGGUGGUUAUGGUCAGCAAGGUUUCGGCUCGGGUGGAUUUGGUGGACACGAAAAUGGAUAUGGCCAGCAAGGAUUCGGUGGACACGGCCAGCAAGGAUUCGGUGGACACGGCCAGCAAGGAUUCGGUGGACACGGCCAGCAAGGAUUCGGUGGACACGGCCAGCAAGGAUUCGGUGGACAUGGCCAGGAGGGCUUCGGUGGAAAUCACGGUCACGGUUUCAAUCAGCACCAUGGUGGCCAUGGACACGGCAGACAUUAUUAGGCCGAUUGAAUCA